UGGUGGCUACACAGAGCCCUAUCCACUUCAACAUCAAAACCUGGCCCCCCGUGUAGCUACCUUAACUGAACAGUGGUGCUGGUCUUAAUUGAGAAAGGAGGAAGAAGCGCGGCUGCUGAUGCCUUUGGAACGGAGAGCUGGGGAAUAUUUGAACUAAGAAACUCGGGAGUCCUGGAGAGAGAAUUUCACCCACAAGUCAGUUUGGGAAUUAAAGGUCUUCUGCUCCAAGGACUCUGACAGAUUUCUGAGAGAGAAACUGAUACACUGCUUUACUGGAUUGCCUCAGAGUUGGGUCCCUUUUUUCCCUGGAUGUUAUAUUGAAAAUCUGAAGUCAUCAUGACAUUUCUGGCAGUCCAAGUGUUGAUUGGGGCAUUUGUUUAUUCUAGCUGUGUAAAUGGAUCUCCCCAGCCCCCGGCAAGAGUUUAUUUAACAUUCAAUGAGCUGCAGGAAACCAAGACUUUUGAACAUUACAGCCUAUCCCACAACCCUUUAGACUACCGGAUAUUAUUAAUGGAUGAAGAUCAGGAUCGGAUAUAUGUGGGCAGCAAAGAUCACAUCCUUUCUCUGAAUAUUAAUAAUAUAAGCCAAGAUCCUCUAAGUAUUUUCUGGCCCGCAUCAACCAUCAAAGUUGAAGAGUGCAAAAUGGCUGGAAAAGAUCCCACUCAUGGCUGUGGCAACUUUGUCCGGGUGAUUCAGGCUUUCAACCGAACUCACUUGUAUGUUUGUGGGAGUGGUGCUUUCAGUCCGGUUUGCACAUAUCUGAACAGAGGGAGGAGGUCUGAGGAGCAAGUUUUCAUGAUCGACUCCAAGUGCGAAUCUGGGAAAGGUCGCUGCUCUUUCAAUCCCAAUGUGAACACUGUGUCUGUUAUGAUUAAUGAAGAGCUGUUCUCGGGAAUGUAUAUAGAUUUCAUGGGCACUGAUGCUGCUAUUUUUCGUAGCUUAACCAAACGGAAUGCAGUCAGAACUGAUCAACAUAAUUCUAAGUGGUUAAGUGAACCUAUGUUUGUAAGUGCUCAUCUAAUCCCAGAUGGUACUGACCCAAACGACGCCAAAGUGUACUUCUUCUUCAAAGAGAGAAUGACAGACAGCAGUGGCAGCACAAAGCAGAUCCAUUCUAUGGUGGCUCGAAUAUGUCCAAAUGACACCGGUGGCCAGAGGAGCCUUGUCAACAAGUGGACAACAUUUUUGAAAGCAAGAUUGGUGUGCUCAGUGAUGGAUGAAGAUGGUGCCGAGACUUACUUUGAUGAAUUAGAGGAUGUCUUUCUGCUGGAAACAGAUAACCCCAGGACGACAUUGGUGUAUGGCAUCUUUACAACAUCCAGCUCAGUGUUCAAGGGCUCUGCAGUAUGUGUGUAUCAUUUAUCUGAUAUCCAGACUGUAUUUAAUGGACCUUUUGCUCACAAGGAAGGGCCUAACCAUCAGCUGAUUCCAUAUCAAGGCAGGAUUCCUUAUCCACGCCCCGGAACUUGUCCAGGUGGGGCCUUUACUCCCAACAUGCGUUCCACCAAGGAAUUUCCAGAUGAUGUUGUCACCUUCAUUCGGAACCACCCUUUAAUGUACAAUUCUGUCUAUCCAAUCCACAAACGACCUUUAAUCAUUCGGAUAGGCACAGACUACAAGUUUACAAAGAUUGCUGUGGAUCGAGUAAAUGCUGCUGAUGGAAGAUACCAUGUUUUAUUUCUUGGAACCGACCAGGGCACUGUACAAAAAGUUGUCGUUCUGCCGACAAACGACUCUGCCAAUGGAGAGAUCAUCCUGGAAGAACUGGAAGUUUUUAAGAAUAAUGCUCCCAUAACAACCAUGAAAAUUUCUUCCAAAAAGCAACAGUUGUACAUCAGCUCUAAUGAAGGUGUCACCCAAGUAUCCCUGCAUCGCUGUCAUGUUUAUGGUACUGCUUGUGCUGAUUGUUGCCUCGCAAGAGAUCCGUAUUGUGCCUGGGAUGGCAAUUCCUGUUCAAGGUUCUAUCCAACAGGGAAGAGGAGGAGCCGCAGACAGGACGUCAGACAUGGAAAUCCUAUGACUCAAUGCCGAGGAUUCAAUCUAAAAGCUUACAGAAACGCGGCUGAGGUUGUUCAAUAUGGAGUAAAGAACAACACCACUUUCCUGGAGUGCUCGCCCAAGUCUCCACAGGCGUCUAUCAAAUGGCUGUUACAGAAGGACAAAGACAGGAGGAAGGAGGUCAAGUUGAAUGAAAGAAUCAUAGCUACAGAACAUGGACUUCUGAUUCGCUCUGUUCAGGAUUCUGACCAGGGUCUGUACCACUGCAUCGCCAUAGAGAACAGCUUCAAGCAAACCAUAGCCAAGAUAAAUUUCAAAGUCUUAGAUUCUGAUAUGGUGGCCUUUGUGACAGACAAGUGGACUCCCUGGGCCUGGGCCAGUUCUGUGCGAGCUUUGCAGUUCCACCCAAAGGACUUUGUCGGGGUGUUCAGUCACUCCGAAAUGCAGAUGAUUAACCAAUACUGCAAAGACACCCGGCAGCAAAGUCAACCGGGAGAAGAAAUGCAGAAGAUGAGGGGAGACUACGGCAAGCUAAAGGCUCUUAUCAAUAGCCGAAAAAGUAGAAACCGGAGGAAUCAGUUACCGGGAUCUUAAACGUUAGUUUGAUCCAGCCUGAUACUCAUUCACGUAUAUUCCCAGUAAAGGAUUUUUGUUUAUCUUCUAGGAUUACAUGUUGAGCAAACUAUUUGAUAAGGUACCAGUUCAGCAUGAGAUGAGCGUUUAUCCCAGCACUAAAAAUGCAGCAGCAAUGAACUUGAGCGAGCAUGCAUUUUUUUUUUAUUUCAACGCUGACUAGCCCUGGGCAUAGUCUAGUCCAUACAGUGCAUAUAAAUCUUUAACUUAACCCCAGAGUCUAAUUUAUGUCGUCUUUUUGAAUUCAGUGCUGUUACUUUCAGAAACAGAAUCAUCAUGCCUCUCUUUGGAAUUAGGACUGUAUGCUACAAUUGUCCUUUAUUGCAUGUAAGAGAUUUUGAUUGUUUACGGUUUUACCUGUGAAAAUGAAAAACAGGUUUACAGCUUUCCUACAAAGCAAAUCACAAACAUAUAUAGCACAGUGGAGCUGCCAAAAUGUAGAUGGUAAAAAAAAAAAUUAGAAUCAACAAAGCAAUGAAUAGAAAGCUUGAAGAAAUACUCGGGCAUCACAGAGAAAAAUGAAUCCCGGAGAAACACUGAUUGUUUUUUUUGAGUUGUAAAAAAUACAUUAAAUACUGCUAAUAUCAGUCACUGAACACUGUUCUGUAUUACUAUACCUAGCUUUCUGAAAUCAUAGUGCUGUAAUGGGAGUUUGGCAAGUGAACAAAUAAGUGCAUUCUUGUUGGUGUCUUUCCUCUAAUUAUAGAAAGUGGUUUUCAUCUGUUAUUCCAAAGUACAUACUUCUGAGAUGAUAUUAAUGUACAGCUCCUUGAAAUAUCCCUCUUUGUAUAUAAAAUAUGGCACUUUGUUACUGUGUUUAGCACAGUUAAUAAUUUUGAUUCACAUCUGGGGAACAAAGCAGCCAAAGGGACUUUCAUAUAAUGCCAUAUAACAUUAUAGCACACUGAGCAAAAUAUCUCUUCUGCUCAAUGAUGGAAUGUUUUUUACUCCCUCCUUUCUUCUCGCAUGUUGCAUUUUGGAUUUAGGCACCAAUUAAUUUGAUUUAUUUCUUGUCAAUUUUCCUUAAGGCCAGAGAUGGGAGAAUCAGUGCACUACAUACACUGGUUAACGGAGUUGAUAAUGUAGGAGGUUUGUCAGGAUUCAACGUUUUCUAGUCCCAGUUCUUCCUGAUGCGUGUUGGAAGAUCUUUGAGUAAUUCACCACACAGAAUAGUCGUUUAAGAGUCUGAAGUGGAACUACCUCCUAUGCUAAAAUUUUCUUUCUCCAAAAUGUACAUUUUCUUUUGUUUCCUGAGUCCUUUUGUUUCAGUGAAUGGAAAGCAAAGCAUCACCAAUUACAGAGCUUAAUAGCUGACAAUUUGGCUACUACCAUUACAGAAGAUAAAUAUUGCUACUACUUCAACCAAAUAUCCUAUGGGAACUUCAUGAACUAUAACUAAGAGAUGCCAUCCCUAUCAAGUGAUAAAAUUGUUAAUUAGAAUCUAAGAAUAUUUUCUAAUGUUAAUGGGGUUAUGAUAUUUAAUAAGCCUUAAUUUGAUAGCAGGUACAAUUUUAGGACAGGAUAUUAGAGAUGUGACACUGCAUGAAAACACGACCAAAUUAUUUGAAUAUGUUGUACUACUCUAAUCUCUAAAGCUGCUUAUUAUAUUAAUGUCUUGAUUAUUUAUAAUACCGUUAAAUUAAGAUGAUAUUUUUUCUCUCCUGGGAGACUAUUCAAUAGGCCUAAGUCAAUAUGGAUUCUACGUAAUCUUCCAAGCUGUAUCCAACAUCCUCGGGGUAUAGAACUGAAAGUAGAACUGUUUUAUUAUAAGUGGACAGGGUAACCUAAACGAUUUUUAUGUGCUUCAAUUAGAUUCAAAUUGGUAGGCAAUAUGUGUGUUUAGUUUUGUAAUAUUGUUUGUGCUAUUUAAUAUCUUCUAUUUUGAGAAUUAUUAAAAUGUAUAUAAUUUUAUUACUUUUUUAAAAAGAAAACCUUCCAGAUGUUAAAUCUGCCUAAUGUAAAGAUAGGUUCUUGCUCAUGAACUUCAUAAAUGUAUACCAAAUGUUUGUGACUUAUUUUGCGUAGUCUGUAAAGUUUGCAAAUUUAAAUAUGUUCUUCACAAUCAUGGGUACUGUAGAUACAGUUUAAUAGGGAAACAUUUUCAAAAAAGUGGAUGUGUGUAUAGCUCUUAGCAUGAUGAAACUGUCAUUACAGUGAAUGUUUAUUAUAUCUUGUGUAAGAAGCAACUAAAUAGAGUUAACAUAGUAAAGUUUAAUUGGAUACCUAAAAUACUAUGUGCCUGAAAAAUAAAGUGUGUUGAAAUUUUGGUGUA